CCUAGACGCAUAAAUUGUACCGAUCUCUUAUUAACUUCUCUAAUAUGGCUGCCACCGGAAACCUAAACAACCAUUUCUCUUCCAUGCACAGGUUAGGUAAUAAAUAUUAAUUUUAACCUGAUGUUGAAUACAACUUGGCGAUGUCCACCGUCACAUUGACUUGGGAAGAAUUUCUGCAGGAAGCUAUAGAGUUCCAAAAGAUAUCAGAACGCCUGGGUGACAUAUGGACUUUGUGCAAAAGGGAUGACGAAGACGGUAACACUUAUCUACGAUACCAACAAAAAAUACCAAAUACUAUUGACUCAAAUAGUUAUGCAGAUCCUUUGGGAGAAAAUCAAUCCCCUCUAAAAUAUGACUCUGCUACUGUGGCUCCAUCAACCAAAGACCUAUUGCAAAUCGAAUAUCAUAUCGUCUAUAGUAUUUCAUAUCAAGUUCCUGUGCUAUAUUUUCGCAUCUACCGUAGUGAUGGCGGCUUAAUGAAUCUCGAAGAUGCUUGGCGCAUCUUUCGUGGCUAUGUCGGUAAUGCGGGUAGUGCACAUGCUACUGGUCAUACAACUAAUGAAGAUAUGCUGAAUAUUAUGACCCAAUUGGAUCAUCCAGUUUUACGCAGACCAUAUAUUGCAAUACAUCCAUGUCGCACAGCCGAAUUGUUAGCGCAAGCAGGACUCAGUCGGAAUCGUGUACUUACUUUUAUCAGCUUGAUGGGACCCUUUGUACAGCUGGUUUUAAAAAAUGAAUAUGGCUUGGAGUUUGCUGAUGGCUAAGUCAGUAUAAAUAUACAUAUACUUCUGCAGCGAAUUAUACUUACAUUGAUAUUUUUAUAAUUAAAAGAUGCAACACGAGCGAGACUGUUUUAGUUACUGAUGUAUUUGUUCUUAUUUGUAUUCUUUAACAUUUAAAAUUACUUAAACAAUUUAACAAUUACUAAAUUUUUAAUAAAUUAUUUAUCGACAUAGACAACAGCAGAAAUAGUACAGCAAAAGCAAUCAAUAUUUGAGGCAAUUGCUUACAUUUACAAAAUUAAAAGCCACGAAUUAUGCCAAAA